AUGCUUCCUUCCCAAUUAAACGGCUCGCCAAAGCGUGCCAGUCUAUUUGCACGUCCAUCGUCUUCACAAGGAACACAUUCACCACAAGCGAGGCCCAAAUCUGCGAUCAUUACACCAUCCCAUGGGCUGGAGUCGGCAAGAGGUCAUCUGCGCAACACAUCCGUGUCACAGUUGUCGCCAACAUUAUCACUAAGCGGAAAUCGCGAGCGAUCGAACUCUGCAAAGAACAGUCCUUCCUCCGGAACAUUUGCGCCAAGUUUUAUCAAAUCUGAGGAACUACGACGGGGAGCGGAUCAGAUUCGUGGACUCGAAGGAGAGAAUGACUUUUCAGGGAACAAAUAUGUGUGGCUACGAGACCCUGAAAAGGCCUUUGUCCGCGGGCUGGUUCUGGAGGAAUCUGAAGGAGGGCAGCUGUUGGUGCAGACCGACGAUGGCGAUCAACGAGAGCUAGAUGCGGAUCAGGUCGACAAAGUCAAUCCUGCCAAGUUUGACAAGGCAGAUGAUAUGGCAGAACUCACACAUCUGAACGAGGCAUCUGUGGUGCAUAACCUGCAUACCAGAUAUCAGUCAGACCUAAUCUAUACUUAUUCUGGACUUUUCCUGGUAACAAUCAACCCGUACUGUCCACUACCAAUCUACACCAAUGAGUACAUCAAAAUGUACAAGGGCCGCGGGAGAGAGGAGACCAGACCUCAUAUUUUUGCCAUGGCAGAUGAGGCUUUCCGGAAUCUUGUCGAGGAGGGCCAAAAUCAAAGCAUCCUUGUAACAGGAGAGUCUGGUGCGGGUAAAACAGAAAAUACGAAGAAGGUUAUCCAGUACCUCGCUGCUGUCGCCACUUCUGAUACGCCUUAUGGCCGGUCUGGAGCGAAGCAACUCACCGGUCUUUCGCAACAGAUUCUACGAGCCAACCCUAUCCUUGAAGCCUUUGGUAACGCCCAAACGGUCCGAAAUCACAACUCCUCCCGGUUCGGAAAGUUUAUUCGCAUUGAGUUCUCGCGCUCAGGCCAAAUUUCUGGAGCUUGGAUCGAUUGGUAUCUGCUCGAGAAAUCAAGAGUCGUCAAGCCUAACCCCAACGAGCGAAACUAUCACGUUUUCUAUCAGCUUCUCCAGGGCGCGGACCGCAAGACACGUGAGAAGCUUCUUCUAGCGGACCUUCAGAUCGAGGAUUUUGCCUAUACGAGAGAUGGAAAUGACUCCAUCGUCGGCGUCUCUGACCAGGAAGAAUGGAACUCGUUAAUCGAAGCCUUCCAUGUAAUGGACUUCGACGAGGAGGAUCAGCUCUGUAUCCUGCGGACCAUCGCUGCUGUCUUGCACUUAGGAAAUGUGGGAGUUGCGAAAGCGAGUGUGCGGGCAGACCAGGCAACUCUGGCGCCUGAGGGAUACUCUAGCAUGGAAAAGGCUUGCUACCUUCUUGGUAUCGAGGCCGAAGCUUUUGUCAAGGGUCUUCUGCAUCCACGCGUUAAGGCCGGCCGUGAAUGGGUGGAGAAGGUACAGACGCCAGACCAGGUCCGCAUGGCCCUAGAUGCCCUCUCAAAGGGUAUCUAUGAGCGCGGAUUUGGAAAUCUUGUUGCUAGAAUCAACGGCCAGCUUGGUCGGUCUAUGGCCAGCGACGACAACUAUUUCAUCGGGGUCCUUGAUAUUGCUGGAUUUGAGAUUUUCGAUAAUAACAGUUUCGAGCAACUCUGCAUCAACUACACGAACGAGAAGCUUCAGCAAUUCUUCAACCAUCAUAUGUUUGUUCUUGAGCAAGAAGAAUACGCGAGGGAGCAGAUUGAGUGGCAAUUCAUCGACUUCGGGAAGGACCUGCAGCCAACCAUUGACCUCAUUGAGAUGACCAACCCCAUUGGUAUCUUCUCUUGUCUUGACGAGGAUUGUGUGAUGCCCAAAGCUACGGACAAAUCAUUCACAGAAAAGCUCCAUGGCCUUUGGGACCGCAAGACUCCAAAGUACCGUGCCUCUCGUCUCAACCAGGGCUUCAUUCUCACCCAUUACGCCGCGGAAGUUGAGUACAACACGAGUGAUUGGCUUGAGAAGAACAAGGAUCCGCUCAACGACAAUAUCACACGCCUGUUGGCCGCCUCGAAAGCACCGCACGUAGCGCAUCUGUUCUCUGACUGUGCAGACUCAGAGGAGGAUGGUGGCAAUCAUCCCAGAAGCCGUGUCAAGAAGGGCUUGUUCCGCACAGUCGCCCAAAGACACAAGGAACAGCUAUCUAGUUUGAUGGCUCAGCUUCACUCGACCCACCCUCAUUUCGUCCGUUGUAUCCUGCCUAAUCAUAAGAAGCGGCCAAAGAUGCUGCACGCUCCAUUGGUAUUAGACCAGCUGCGAUGCAACGGUGUCCUGGAAGGCAUCAGAAUCGCUCGUACUGGAUUCCCGAACCGCUUGCCAUUCACAGAGUUCCGACAGCGUUAUGAGGUCCUUUGCCAAAACAUGCCGAAGGGGUAUUUGGAGGGGCAGAGUGUUGCCCGCACUAUGCUGGAAAAACUCGGCAUGGAUCGGGGCUGGUACCGGGUUGGUCGAACAAAAGUUUUCUUCAGAGCAGGUGUUCUGGCCGAUUUAGAAGAGAAACGUGACCAACUCAUCCGAACUAUAAUGACCAAGUUCCAGUCUGUGGCACGAGGAUUUGUCCAGCGCCGCAUUUCCAACAAGCGCCUCUACCGCGCGGAGGCAACCAGGAUCAUCCAACAGAACUUCCACGCUUACCUAGACUUGAAGGGGAGCCCAUGGUGGCGUAUGUUCUCAAGAAUGAAGCCCCUGCUGGGCGAUACGAGGAAUGCGAAGGAGGUCAAAAAGCGUGACGACAAAAUCCAACAACUCGAAGCCAAGAUGAAACAGGAUCUUGCGGAUCGCAACAAGCUGGACGAAGAAAGACGUCGGACGGAGAUCGAGAUUCAGAAGAUACAGCAUACCUUGGAAAGUGAGCGUGCACUUGCAUUGGACAAGGAGGAGAUUUUCAAGCGACUGCAAGACAGAGAAGUGGAGCUUGCCGAGAAACUUGCCGGUGCAAUCGCCGACCAGGAAGGCCUUGAAGAGCAACUGGAUGAAUUGGUCGAUGCGAAGAGGAAGAUCGACGACCAGCUGCAACUUCGGAUCACCCAGCUGGAACAGGCCGGUUUGAUCAUUCAGCAACUCGAGUCAGAAAAGAACAGUCUGCAAUCUCAAGUCAAGGAACUUGACAGCAAGCUUUCUGAAACGGAGACCCAGUUCUCUGGAAAGAACGGCCAAAUUCAAGAACUGGGCCAGGAGAUCAAGAUGCUCCAAAGCCACCUCAGCUUGAAAGAUCGUAAGCUCCAAGACCUGGAAGCCAAAUUGUUGAAAACCGAUCAAGAUCUUGAUAUCAAGCUCGCAAACACUUCUAAGGAACUCGACAAAUCUAAGAAACAAAUUCGUGAUCUUUCCGAAGAGAACAGGUCAAUUCGUGAUCAGAUUUCCGAACUCUCGAGUACUUCUACGGGCUACGAAGAUCUGCUUCGUCGAAAGGAGAGCGAGAUCGCAGUUCUUCGAAAUGACGUUCAGAAGCACGAGGAAGAAAAGAAAAGCGUUGAAUCCGAAAAGACUUCCCUUGCGGCACGCCACGACAACAUGCAAUCUAGACUCCGCGAGGUACAAGCCGAAAGAGAUGCCAUGCGCUCUGAACAGACUCAACUUCAACGCGAAGCCGCGGACCUCAAGAAUCUGCUGGAGAAUAAGAGAUCCGAGGACGCCGAGGCUGGAGAGAGCAGGAAGCUGCUAGAGCAACAGGUAAAUGACCUCAAGAGCCAGCUCUUCCAGGCUCAGGCCGACCUCAGCCGAGAACGCCAGUCACGAGAUGACGUGCAAAUGCUUUCCGAACACAAUCUUGCACAGUUGACUCAGAAAUAUGAGACGCUCAACGACUCUAAGAUUACGAUCGAGAAAGAGAUGUACAUCCAGCAAGAUAGUUUGCGUCGCGCUACGGAGGCGCGAGUUGCGGCAGAAACAACAAGGAAAGAACUGCAAGGCGAAUUGAUUAAGCUCCGCGAGAGGUUUACGGACGCUGAAACUGCCCGCAUGAAUGCCGAAGCCGAGAUUGAACGAAAGAUUAUGACUCAGGCUGAGGAGCGCAUGACAAGUUCACGCAAGGACCUCGAGGAAAAGGCUCGCCAACUUGAGGAGGUUGAAACAGAACGAUCACACCUCUCGGAGCGGAUUCAAGAGCUCAUGCAUUCAAUCUCUGAAUCAGACAACUUCCGUCUGCGCCAUGAUCAGCACAAGGAGCGUCUUGAACGAGAGCUCGUGACUCUCAGAGGCAGGCUGACGGCGUCCGAAAACGAUAACAGAUCCCUUUUGACCAAGAUUCAGCAAAAGAACCUGGACAUCGCCCGAUCAAACUCAAAGGCCAGUGAUAGCAAUCGACUCCGUUUGACCAAUCUUCAAAAGGAGAAGGCCAGGCUCGACGAGGAGACCAAGAAAUUGAGUCGUCAAGUGGAAGACUCGCAGGUCAUGAUUACGUCCUUGGAGAAGCAGAAAGAGAAGUUGUCGUUGAGCUUGGAGGAUUUGAAUCAUGAGGUCAAUCGUGAACACAAGACCAGUCGUAAUGCUGAAAAAGCUGCUUCAACAGCAAAUCUGCAACUAGCAGAGGCCAAUCGGAAGCUCGAAACCGAACGACAACUUCGCAAUCAAGCCCAAGCUAAUACCCGUCAAACCCAGGGUACCCUUGAUAGAGCGAACAAGGAAAUCGAGGACUUACACCGCCAAUUGAUCCUAUUGCACAAGGUGUUCGAGCCUGAGGCUACUGAGCCAAAUCAAUCGUGGGAGGCUGUUCAGCCACACCUCUCCAAGCAAGUUGAUCUGGCCCAAGUCCUUGAAACUGUUCAGAACAAGCUUGGAGUCACUGAGGAGAAAUACGCGAGAGCGGAGAGCCAACUUGCUGAAAUGCGCAGACGCCAUGCGGAUGAAAUGAAGGAGCUCGAUACCAAAUAUUCAUCCUCCAAGCGCGCUUUGCUCGAGGAGAUCGACCAAAACGAAGUGACCAACAACCGUACUCCGGCUCAUCUCAGAAAGAACUCAGAAAAUGCUGUUAAGAGAUAUUCUAACCCCACUACGCCCAAUCGACGCUACAAUGUCUUCGAAGCACCAAAUGACUCCGCGCGGUCCGACCGAACAGUGGACACACAGGGCUACCAAAGGCGGAUGGAUGCAGCCGCCGAGCUUGAAGAACUUCAGAAUAAGCUUCAGAUGACCGAGAUGCAGAACAAGCACCUCCAGAGCCAGCUUGGGCGCUCGACUCCCACCGCGGAUAUCUGGCAGGAUGAAAGCCCUUCAAUUCGUCGCAUGCAACUUCUCGAGCGAGAGAAUGGCCGUCUGCACGACCAGCUCGACGAUUCUUCCAAGAAGGUUUCAUCAUUGGAGCGUAGCAUCCGCUCCGGAGAAUUGUCCCUCCGCGACGUUCAAGCUAAAUCGCACGAAGAACUUUAUGACCUUAUUAACUCGCAAGAGCAAUCUAGGCGCUCACUCCUCAAGGUUCACAAUGAGACCAUGAGUGAGUUUGGUGAUGCCAAGGCUCACUUCGAAAAGUUGAAGCGCGCCAGAGCUACGUUGGAGGUUGAACUUCGUGAUGCCCGUUCCGAGGCGCAAGAACUGCAGGUUGGCAGAGACCAAGAUGCAGUUAGCCGUAACCAGCUUCUUCAAGAAUUCUCGGAUCUCCAGAUUCGCCUAGACGCAGAGUCGUCGAGGUCGGCUGAUCUAGAGUCAAGCCUCAUGUUGUACAAGAGUCGUUCCGAUGAGUACUUCAACAAGCUCGAGCAGGCCGAAAUUGCGGUUAUGAAGGCUUCACGUGCCGAGCAGUUCGCCAAGUCCCAAGGCCAGGAGGCCGAAGAAACCUGUGCUCAGAUUAUGUCCGAGCGCAAGGAGAUGGACGCACUUGUUGAGGACUUGCAGCGACAGGCACAGUCCCUCGAGGCUCGGAUGGAGGACCAAGCUGCAGAGCUCCAAGGUGCCCUGCAGGCUAAGCAACGUCUCCAGAAUGAACUUGAAGAUUACCGCAACCAGCGCGCGAUUGAUCUUGAGGACAAGGAGACCUCCAUGGAACAAACUCGACAAAAGUACCAGAGAGAAUUCUCUACCCUCAACAACGAGCUCGAGAUGGAACGUGAGCGUGUCCUCAACGGUCGUGGCGAGACUUCCCGUCUCCGUGAGGAGUUGGAAGACCUUCGCAGCAAAUGGGACAACGAAGUUCUCAAUAGCUCAACAUGGGCUAAGGAGAAAUCUCGCAUGGAUGUCGUUCUGCAGGAUGUCACCAACUCUCGUGACGAAGCUGUCAACGCACACAACGAGGCUCAGAGCAAGGUUGUUUCACUUUUGUCCCAGGUGCGCACCCUCCGGACCUCCGUUGAGGACGUUCAAGCAGAGCGUGAUCUGCUUCUGAAGGACAAGAAGAUGCUGGAAGGUCGAUUGGCCGAAGCCGGCGAGCGCCUUGAGGACCUUGCCAAGGGCGAAAGCCCAUCUAUGCGGAACGCUGCCAGUAUGGACCGUGAGCUUCUUGAGCUCAAGUCUAGAAUCGCGCAGCAGGAAGAUGUUUCUGCCGCUGCGGUUGGUAAGAUGCGCCGUGCAGACGCCCUGGCAACUGAAAUGCAGAAGGAGGUCACUGCUGAGCGGGAGGCCAAUGCCCAACUCUUCAAGGACAAGGCGGCAGUUGAGAAGCAGCUGAAGGAGGCCCAGCUCCGGUGUGUCGAUCUCGAAACCAAGAGUUAUUCCUCUGGUAGCCAGGAUGUUCGCUUCUUGCAUAAGCGAAUUAAGGAGCUUGAAACCCACCUCGAAGACCAGGAGAGCAAGCACAGCUCCGAGCAGCGCUCUCUUCGCAAUGUUGACCGCACCGUCAAGGACCUCCAAUCCCAGAUUGACAGGCGGGACAAGAUGAACACCCAGCUGAAUGACGAUGUCAACAGAGCUCGGGACAAGAUUGAACGGCUCCUUCGCAACAUCGAGGAGCUCCAGCAUAACGACUCAGAUGCCCAGCUGCUGGCCCGCCGCGCCGAGCGAGAUCUCCGCGAGGAGCGUGAGAAAGCAUUGCGACUGGAGCGCGAGCUGGAGGGCUGGAAGGCCCUGCGCGUUGAGCGAGGCAGUACUAUUGGCCGUGGUGCCGUACCCUUCAGUGAUGCCGGAAGUCGUCGCGGGAGUGCUGUCUAUGGAUCUAAUGACAUUCCCCAACGGCAACCCAGCAACACAAAGGGCUUUUUGUGA